AGCAGCAGACAUGGAUCGUGUAAACACGCGCCGUACGAUGCACGUUUGGAAUGUUUUUACCAAAUUGGUCUUCAACAAGUAAAUAAAAGCUUCGGUGAAAGCAAUAUUUUGAUGCGCCAACCAAUAGCAUCAGUCACCACCACAAUUCACAUACCAACAAAAUCUAACGUUCCUCUGCCCCCAUAACGAAUAAAUAUCUACUUUCAUCCACGCGCCGCCGCACUCUUCCCGUCGUUCAUGGGUACUGUAGAACCUGUAGUUGACGAGGAAAAUGGAGAAAAGGAGCCGAAGAUACGAGAUGAAGAAGAGAGAGAUGUGGAGAAAGGUGAUAUGGAUAGUCAACAAAGGGGAUUUCAAGGCCAGCCUCCCCCGCCGCCGCCACCGGCAGAAAUAGGCGGUGAGAAUUUUCACAUGUCGAGAAUGCAAAGAUUGAGUGCUACGAAUCCUUUGAGGCUUGUGAUGAAUGCCGGAACUAGAGUUGCUUCUCCUUCUCCUUAUAACGCUCCGGCACCUUCUCAACAUCGUCAGCACCGUUAUUUUCCUAAUCCAUUUCACCACCGCCAUCCUCCGGCUCCGGUGCCGGCGCCGUCUCAGCACCGCCAUUCUCCGGUGCCGGUUCCGGUUCCGGUUCCAGCUCCGUCUCAGCACCACCCUUCUCCGGCUCCUUCUCAGACUCGCUCAACCCCUGCUGUUACCCCUCAACCUUCAGUAAUAACACUGAAUUCAAGAUCCUACACAAACAAGUUUUCACUUUUUCUGUUCCUUGUACACAUGAUUGGUGCAAUUGGGCUAGUUUGUUUUCUUGUAUUCAAAGGGAUACAAGGUCUACUAGAAGCAGGGGAAGCACAAAGAAAAGAAAAGAGGUUAUUAAAGUUUUUUCUUCCACAAGUAGAAGCAGCUUCUUUACUUAGCAUAACACUAGCAUUUACAUGGCAAAAGGCAAUGAGAAUGUGGCCAACAUUCAUGGUUCAUUUCAUACUUUGGGGUUCGUUUAUCUUCACAUUAGCAGCUGGAAUCCUAUUAAUUUGCUUCCAAAGACCAUCAACUGAUGGUGUUGGAGUUGUGUUAAUCAUGUUUGCAAUUGGAAAUGGACUGUAUUCUUGUUGGGUGACACCAAGAAUUAAGUUUUGUACAAAGAUUCUAAUCAAAUCACUUGAACCUGUACCUAAAUUUGGCGAUUUGAAUCAUCCAACUUAUCUAACAUUAGCUGCUGGAUUCUUAUGGAUGUCAAUGUGGAUUUUGGCUGUGAUUGGGGCUAUAAAUUUCUAUUUCCCACCAUUGGUUAUCAUCGGGUUGGUUUUGAGUAUGGCUUGGGUUACUGAAGUGAUGAGGAAUGUGGUGAAUUUGACGGUUAGCAGAGUGAUUGGGCUGUAUUAUCUUAGAGGGAUGCAAUCUAGUACACAGUUUUGUUUCCAGAGGGCAUUGUCUGUGAAUCUUGGAAGUGCUUGUCUUGGUUCUUUGUUUGUUCCUACAAUUGAAGUUCUGAGGGUUGUGGCUCGUGCAUUGAAUUUGCUUGAAGGUGAAGAUGAGUUCAUGUUUUGUUGUGCUCAUUGUGGAUUGAAAAUCAUGGAUUCUAUCUUCAAGCGCGGCAAUGGCUGGGCAUAUGUGCAGAUUGCUACGUAUGGUAAGAGCUUUGUGAAGGCAUCACAAGACACGUGGGAGCUAUUUGAAAAAAGAGAAAUGGAGACAAUUGUAGAUUCAGACAUGACAAGUGCCAUUUGCUUCUUGACUGGAGUUUGUAGUGGUUCUAUUUGUGUUAUUGUGAUUGGUGCUUGGACUUUCACUGUUUAUCCCAAUUUCACAGCCACAUUGUCCCUUUUAUCUGCCUACGUUGGUUACCUUCUGACGAGGAUUGCGAUGGCUUUGCCUCAUGCUUGUGUGAGUAGUUACUACGUUUGUUAUGCGGAGAAUCCAGAUAACAGACUUUUUGACAAAACCAUUCAAGAUCGACUCAAUUCAAUGAAGACAGAUCGUGAUGUUAUUGUGCCAACUCCUAGAUCUGUACCUUCUCGAUUCGCACGAUAACACCAUUUUUUUUUAACCUACUUACCAUCUGAGCAAUUCCAUUCCAGUAGAAUGUAUAUAAGAUUAAUUUUUUGUCAAACAUAACCAUAUGUUAGAUGAUCAAUUUAUUGUAAGGACCAAAAGGUUCAACUGUGAAAUAACUUUCAAGUUGGAGUGCCCACUCAGAUUUCCCCAA